AUGUAUGGCUUCAAGUUCUUGGUCACUCAACUCAAGACUGUAACUGAACUUGCAUUUUUCACGGGGAUUAUUAAAAAAAUUGAUGUGGAAAACGGCAUUCCUUAUGAACCAACUACCACCACUCCUGAACCAACCACUACCACACCAAAACCUACCACUACCACACCAGAACCUACCACUACCACUCCUGAACCUACAACCACCACACCAGAACCAACUACCACCACUCCUGAACCAACCACAACCACACCAGAACCAACCACAACCACACCAGAACCAACCACAACCACGCCAGAGCCAACCACAACCACCCCAGAACCAGUGACCACUUCAGCUCCUGAUACGAACUUCAACUAUAAUGUUACCGAGAAUAAUGUCACCUGUGUUAUGGUACAGGGAACCAUCUCCUUUACAGUCAAUUACACUACAAACACCAAUAAAACUGAAGUGGUCACAGUGACUGUCCCAGAACAUGGAGGAACUGUGACUGGGUCCUGCAAUGGAACUGAAGGUGAACAGUACAUCGAGAUCACCUGGGGUGCUGUGAAUGAAACCUCUUCAACCAGAAUGACCUUCAACAGGACAAAGAACUUGUGGUCAUUGAUCAAUUUUACAGCAACUGUAUUCAUGGGCAAGAACUUUGUAAAUGCAACUAUUUAUGGUGAAAAGUUGGAUCUUGUGAUGAACUACAACUUCAGUCCUCUUGAAAUUGAUGUCAACCGUAGUUUCAACUGCCAUUCACAUCUGUCUGCUUUCAACGUGACUGGAACUCUGGAUAAGGCAGAGUACGAACUUCCUCUGGCAUCUGACUUGACUAACAUCCAGAUUCAAGCAUACAAUGAAAUUGUUGGAGAAAAGGACUUCGUCGAUUCUGUUCACUGCACGGCUGAUAACACCUCCGAUAUUGUGCCGAUUGCCGUGGGCUGUGCCCUGGCUGGCCUGGUGGUUAUAGUCUUGAUUGCUUACCUUGUAGGACGCCGCCGACGAUCUGCUGCAUAUCAGUCAGUUUAGGAUAUUUUGUUAAAUGUAGGUUAAUUUGAUUACAUAUUGAUACUGUACAGCUAUUAGAAAUGUGACAAACUAUGUGAAUUGUCAAGAAAUUGAAUUAUAUAAUUUGGAGUAAGAUUAAUUUGUUACUGUGAUAGUUAAGAUGUAAAUUUUCUCUUACCAAUGUUUCUUUAAAGUUGCAUAGCUGUAGUUCAGCUAAAUUUGCACCUUUGUUAUCUUGAUCAAAUUUAUGAAGGAUAUAAGAAUGGUCUGUCAUGCUACUGUGAAAUCUGGACAUCAAUCAGAUUACUACCAGAUUUUUUUUUUUUUUUUUUUUUUUCGGGGGGGGGGGGGGGGGAUGCUAGAUUGAACUGGUCAAACCAUUAUUUUCUAAAUUGCAACUUUGAUAAUCCAGUAAAGGUUGUGGUACCUGACUGAAAAGUCAGUCUGUAAGAGGGUAUUUUGGGUGGGAGUGGGAGGGAAGAGAAAAAAAAUCUGAAGAACCUCGACCUGGGACAGUUCAACAUGGUAGCAGUUUUCAGUACCCCUUGGAAGGGACUAUGGGACUUCCUAUAAUGUUUAUAUUUCUGAUCCAGCCUUCUUCGUAAAUGGGAAAACAGGACACCUGCUUAUAAAAGGGGUACUAGAAGAUAAUCAAUACAGCCUACGAUUUUCUUCUGUCAAAUAAUUUAACCUCCAUGUACAUAAUUGAGAGCUCUAUAUUUCCCACAAAAUUCUUUAAGGAAUAUUUACGGAAGUUCUUUGGAAAGUGUGAAUGGUGUGUGAUUGAAGCAAGUGAUAUUUUUGUAUUUGUCAUUCCAGGUGAGAAUGCUGCCCUUAAUGAUUUUUGUUAAUUUGUUAUUCAGCUUAGAUCUGAUUUGAUAAUUGACAUUAAUAGCCAUUUCCAGAAACUUUUGAAAGUUGGGGAAUAACUAGAGGCAGGUUCAUUUGGGGGUGUUACCGAGAGUGGCUGGAUGAUCCAAAAGACCGGAAUUUAAUUCAGAAUGAUGAACUGUUAAUUCUGUUAAAGGUUGGCUUUUUGGUGCUUCUAAUAUUUGGCUACUUUUCGUUGUUGGCAAGGUGAAAUCAAAUUCUGUAAUGCAUCUGUUAGCUUUCAACUUUAUCCAGCUGUUUAUGGGUAUGUAAACCAAUAUUUAUGCUGAAAUGGCUGUUGAUGUUUCUGGUAUAGUACUGUACGCGAGGUAUUUUAGGGUGGCUUCAGUUAACUUUUUUUAUAUAUAUACAUAAUUUUAUGUUUUUGAAUGUUCUGAUUGGUGUCUGUAUCCUGUCCAAAUAGUGAUUGCCUUUGCAUGCAUGCCAAGAGGAGUGUAUGUAAAGAAAUUUCCUUUUUUUUCAAAGGAAUUGUAUGGCAGAUUAUUAAUUUAUGAUGCAACAUUGAGCAUUUGCCUCAAUUGUUGCCUUGCAUUGUAAGAAAACCAAUCGAGUGGUGUCCAGCGGAAUUGUUGAAUGGUAGUCACUACAUUCCAGUGAUCAAGAUUUAAGGAAGCUCUAAUGAAAAAUCUACAUAAUAUAAACAAAAGGAAAUUUUAUUGAAGCAGUUUGUUAAAAAUGUAUAUAUAUACACACCAUGGAGUAACCAUAUUUGAUCAUUCGCAACACUGGUUCUGAAGGGUAUCCUUGGCCAAAUUGUAAACUGAAAAUUUGUAUUCGAAGUCUUGGGUUUGUUAAAGAUUAAUGUUAGCUUUUCAAAACUGAAAGCCUUAUUUUCAUUAUUCAUCUAAUACCCGAGACUUAAAUAUAUAAAAAUUGUUAUGGAGAGCUAUUUUAUCAUGUAAACUGUUUGUAAAUUUUUCAUUAAAGUUAAAUUACA